CCCCAAACAAAAAUCGGCAGUUUAAUUUGUCCUACGUGGCCUGUAUCUUACAAUUGGUUGUUGCUACUUUAAAACAUUUUGCAGAGCGGAUUAGCUUUAUAAUAAAGCUGCAGUUCAAACUGUGAUUGGGACAGGCUGAAAGCUAGUUUGGAAACUCUGCCCCCCUGCGGAUACAAAUGGUAUUAUUCUAAAUAACAGCUGCUUCAUACACUGCUUAGUUUUGACUCUGUGAGCACCUUUUUUUAACUGCAUAACACUAAGAUGACAUCUGCCCUCCAUUUGUUUUUCUUGGAAUAUGUAAAACUGCAUUUCACUCUUUGCUGUUCCGUUUCUAUUGUCUUCUCAAACUUAAAAAAAGAACGAGGUUUAUACUUGCCUGUCAGUGGGAGUGGAGUCAAAAGUUUUCACUGUCUGUGUGAGUGUUUGUGUGAGUUGUGGGGCAUUCUGGUCCAGUCCUAUCUCCUAAUGAGAGGGACGGACUCUGUGGGCUCUCCCCGCCCAUGAGAGGAGUGAGGCAGAGCGGAGACAGCAGCGUUUCGGUGAGAAAAUGGUUCGAUUUUCAUCAUAGUUUUCUGUUCCAACACGUCCGUCAUGGUCACAUCAAGACUUCCUAUCGCUCUUUUCAAAGCGGAAAUGUUUCCUGUCGAGCCUAGUCGCCUCGUUUUGACACUACCAUGGGUACCAUACGGUGAAAGAAGAAGCUAGAAACUUUCCCAUUCUCCGAUCCCCGGAGCGCCGCACAAUGGACUCCAGACAGAGAACGCGCUCCGGAGGAGGGAGGCUGUGGAGGAUUUGCUUUUAUCUAGCUUGCCUCUCCCGUGCCUCCGCUCAGCUCAGUUAUUCCAUAUUGGAGGAACUAAGGCCUGGCUCUGUCGUUGGGAAUAUCGCUAAAGAUUUGAGUCUUACUGCUCGGGAGAGUGUUCAGAGGAGGCUGCGUCUGACCUCGGAAUCCACAACGUCGUACUUUGAGGUAAAGCAGACGACCGGCGAUUUGGUUAUUAAACAAAAUAUUGACAGGGAGCAGAUAUGCGAAUUAAGAUCAGCUUGUUCACUACACCUUGAAAUACUUUUGGAAACCCCGUUAGAGAUUCAUCGCGUCGUGGUGGACAUUCUGGAUGUGAAUGACAAUGCACCGCUGUUUUCAACCAGCAACAUUUCUUUGGAGAUAUCGGAGGCGGCCGCGCCGGGAACAAGGUUUCGUUUGGAGAGCGCACACGACCCAGACGUGGGUACCAACUCCUUACGCACUUAUCAUCUCGCAGCAAAUGACUUCUUUAUUUUGAAUGUGGAGAGUAAAAGUGACGGCAGUAAGUUUCCAGAGCUAGUGGUGGAUAAAUCUUUGGACAGGGAGACGCGGGCCUCGUUUCGCCUGUUGCUCACUGCUGUAGAUGGGGGUCAGCCGGAGAAAUCUGGCUCAACACUUCUGCUCAUCAGAAUCCUGGAUGUAAAUGACAAUGCGCCCGUCUUUGACGAGCCUGUAAAGAAAGUUAGGCUAUUAGAAAAUGUUGCACGGGACACUUUAGUAACGAAACUGAACGCAACUGACGCGGAUUCGGGUAACAACGGAGACAUAUCUUACAUGUUUAGUAAAUACACUCCGGAACGGGUUCUCAAACUUUUCACAGUGGAUUCUAAAAGCGGUGAGAUCCAUGUGAAGGGUGAUGUGGAUUAUGAGAAAGCCACCUCAUAUCACAUCACAGUACAGGCCAGAGAUGGUGGCUCUCCCGCCAUGGAGGGCUCCUGUAACGUCAUAGUGGACAUCAUUGAUGUGAAUGACAAUGCACCGGAGGUGACGCUGACGUCACUGACCAGUCCUAUCAGAGAGGACUCAGCACCAGGGACUGUGAUUGCACUCAUAAGUGCACGGGACCUGGACACUGGUGUGAAUGGGAAGAUUACAUUGACUGUUCAACCAGGUUUACCAUUUAAGCUCAAUUCAGCUUUUGACACACAUUACAAUCUUAUCACUUCUGGCAGCCUGGACCGUGAGACUGUCCCGGAGUACACAGUGGUCAUCAAGGCCACUGAUGCUGGGUCUCCUCGCCUUUCAUCACAAAUCACCUUUGUGGUGAAGCUGUCUGAUGUAAAUGACAAUGCCCCCAUCUUCUCUCAGCCUUCAUACUCUGUGGACAUCCUAGAGAACAAUGCUCCCAGUGCCCCCAUUGCUGCUGUUUCAGCCACUGACCCAGACCUUGGUGACAAUGCUCGUGUCUCUUAUUCCAUUCUUCCUAGCACGGUCCAGGGCUCACCACUUUCUUCUUAUGUCUACAUUAACCCAGAGACUGGCCACAUCUACAGCAUGCGCUCUCUAGAUCAUGAACAGCUCAACGCUUUCCGUAUUGAGGUGCAGGCCCGUGAUGCUGGGGUUCCUCCACGGACAACCAAUGUCACUGUCCAUGUGUUUGUGGUGGAUGUGAAUGACAAUGCACCAGUGCUUGUACACCCCUCCUACCCAACAGACAAAGGAUUACAGCUCACUGUGCCCCCAUCUGCCGGCCCAGGGCACCUCAUAAAUAAACUUGUAGCAGUGGAUGCGGACAGUGGGCACAAUGCAUGGUUGUUUUACUCCAUUUCCCCUGGGCCUAAUGCUGGCAUGUUUCGUAUUGGGGCACACACUGGGGAGCUCCGCACAGCCCGCAAGUGGGCAGAGGAGGAAGUGGGCUCCACUUAUGACAUUGUGGUCAUCAUUCAGGACAAUGGUGACCCAUUGAAGUCCAGUUCUGUGAACAUCACAGUAACUGUGGAUGAGAAAGGUACAGCCAAUGAUGCUCCACCAAACCCUCGCCACACACCCUUCUACCAUCGCACUGGGAUGUCGGACAUCACCCUGUACCUCAUCAUCGCUCUAGCCUGUGUAUCAGCGGUGGCCUUUAUCACCCUUGUGGUCCUCAUGGUACGCUGCCUAAGGCACCAUGGUCCAGGGCUGGGAGGCUCUGACUGCUGCUGCUACGGUCGCCACAGGUCCAGCCGCUACCAUCAGAGGUCCGGCAAGGACCUGCACCUGCAGCUCAACACUGAUGGACCCAUAAGAUACAUGGAGGUAGUGGGAGGCCCCCAGGACCCACACACUCACACCUACAGGCCCUGCUACUCCACCAUAUCCAGCCGAAAUGACUUUGUAUUU